AAUUCUGUAUAAGAAACUGCGAUUGUUCAUGCGUGUGAGGUAAUAUAAGAGAGAGAGAGAGAGAGAGAGAGAGAGAGAGAGAGAGAGAGAGGCAGGCAAGGGUUCUUGCAACUCCUUGAAAAGAAAUGGAUUUCUUUGAGAGAUAGCAAAAUCUUCUUCCCCCACCCCAGGAUUUCAGCCCUUCUUUCUCUUUUCUGUAUCUUUGCAUCUGCUCCUUUGCGUUCUCAUUUUCCCCUUGAGAAGUUUCUGGGUGACAUUUUCAUUUGUUUCUUCAAUCCCGGAUUUGUUGUCGGCUUUUUCGGUGGUAUGACCGUUUGAUAUUUACCUGGAAACUUCGUAAAGUUGCAGUCUUGAUGGAUGAAUGAUAAGAAUUGGACAAAAGGGUUCUUUCCUAAUCAUGUUCUUUCAGUCGUAACCUGGACUUUAUUUCGAAAAGAAGAUUUGAUUUCAUCUUCGGCUCUUUGAACUGUUGAAGAAGUCUGUUGUGAUUUGCUGGAGGUGGUUUGUUGAUAUAUUUCCUCAUUUAAGACUUGUCUUAUCGCUAUGCAUAUGGUGAUUAAGCUCUGUCUUUGAGAAAGAUGACAUGUUCUUGAACUUAAUUCAAUUAAAUUGCUGCUGAAAAUUCUUUGGGACUCUUCAAAAUUUUGGACAAGAAGUGUUUGAAGAGACAAUUUUUCAAUAAUUUGAUGCUGUUGGUUGCUGUUUGGUGGUAUUCUUUUGGGGCGUAGAUUGGAUUUAUUGAAUAUUUUUCUCGGAUUUUUGUUUCGUUGUCUGAACAUAAUUCUUUUUGGAUUCCAAUUAAGAUUCUGCUUGUCUAAGUAUGUAUUAUACUUGACCUUUGAGUUCUCUUAAGAACAAAAAAGAGAAAGUAUGGCUCUUUCUUUUGGUAGAUUUUCAUGGUUGUGGUUGGGAGGAAAAGAGAAAGAGCAAGUCUCAAACGGGUCACUGAUAAACUCGAUAAAUUCUUUGGGUGAUUGGGGUGUAGGAUUUAGAGGAGAACCCGAAAGUUUGAAAUUUUAUUCAGUGAAGGGAGUUGAUAGACGAAUGCCCUCUUCGAGCUCGAACAGAAAAGCGAAGAGAAAAUGGAAAAGCAGGGAAGAGAGGAGCAGGAGGAUUGACAAAGAGUAUGAUGUGGUUUUGGUUCCAUCAGAUGGUGUUUGUUUAUCAGGGUCAGAAUCCGAUGACUCGGACUGGUCUAUUGGGUGGCUGGAGCCGCACGCCCCCGAUUUCCAGAGUGAUGAUGAGGCAGAUGAUAGUUUUGCCGUGUUGGUUCCUUGCUAUAGGCAUGAAUUUAAAGAAGUAAAGGAAAAGGUGGAUGGGGCUAAUAUUCCACUCUUGAAUGCUGUUAAGAACCUCCCAAUUGAUUAUACUGCUGAUGGCACAAAGUACAUGGAGCAGUGGCUCUCCUCCCUCCGGAAUUUUUGAAGUUACCAUAUCCCUCAGCUGUGCUGAUUGCUAUUACAUGGGAUUAUCAUCCACUGUAGCUUAGAAUUCCAAAGAACAGAAGAUAUCCUUGGAAACCUGAGGAGAUGGUGUUAGGCUAAACUUGCAUAGAAAUGCAGAUUAGAGCAAAAAUAAGGUUUAUCACUCCACAGGGUUAGAAGAUGCAUAGCUUAUAGCUCAAGGAUGCAUCAUCAUAAGAUUUGUCAGGUUAUAAGCAUAAGGUUCGUAUCAACCAUGAACGGGGGAAGCUUUUACCGUAUAUUGUUGGUUGCCUGAUUGUUUAGUGUAAAUACAAGCAGUUGUGAAGUAUGUAUAAAAAUGUUUAUAGUUUCAACCCUUUGGUGUACAUAAACUUUGCUUGUUCCUGAAAUGUGAACUCAUGGAACGAAGGCGGUAUGCCCAUUACCUGUAUAUACAAGCGGUUUACUGCUAUUUUGCUACUAUAUAUAUAUGUUGGAUGUA